UGAAAAGACUCUUCCUGUAAAAUCAGUGAAAAAUUCUUUUUGUCUCAUUCCUGAGCAGCAAAAUUCCCACCGUUUGGAUUCAGAUUACCGUGAUUGGUAAAUUUAAGAAUAUCUUCGUAACAUCGUUGCAACCGGUCGCUUCUGCUGUUCCCAAAGGUCAAAUCUAAAUUCCAUUCCUGCAUCGUUAUGGCCCCACGGCGGACACUGAAAUCUGUGCAUUUUACCGACACCGAAUCGUUCUCCAAGCGGAUAUUUACACCUGACAGAUACAAUGUGCCGUUGUUUCUGUCGAAAAAACUUAUCACCCCGAUGGAGCACCGAGAUCCACUGAACGUUCUCCAAGCCAGCCGUCGGAAGCUGCUGCUGCGGACGAAAAGUUAUGAAAAACUGGACAUCCGGAAAGCCGACAAGGAGUCUAACAUCAAGCUAGAAACAGGGAAACGACCCACCUUUCCGCUACCCUUCUACCGUUGUCCGAAAUCACUGCGGAAUUGCCACAAGGAAUGGAUGCUACCUCCGAACAGGUAUCGAUUAGGUGGUAACAUCUCCGAUUUGGCUAUCAAAUCAACAGGUAGCAAAGGACCUUAUCAAUGUUUCACAGGAGAACGCUUCACGCAGGUAACGACUGGCAGUGACAGCCAACCGAACAUGGCAAAAUUCGAAGACUGCAAAAUUCCGGCCGAAAUGAACAAGCUUGCCCACCCGAAGCGAUACUUUGUGGGGAAGAUACGUCCCGGUGACAGAAACAAACAGCGACCCUGCAGCCGAUUGGCCUUAUCCCAGGCCACUCUUUGCUGGAGAAAUCCAGCCGAACCGGGCCCAAAUUGUUACUUCAAAGGCAUAUUCGACAUCGCAAAGGUCGGCUGUAACGAACGGUCCAAGGCACAACCGAAAGCACCGCUCCCGGCGCUAGCAUUCAUUCGGCAUUCAUACUGCACGGACCGGUUUCGACGACCACCGCCCGGUCGUUAUCAGUUGUCAACACGUGUCCCACCCCUGUUGCCACCGCGAUCCAUCGACAGCAGCCCCCCACCCAGGUUAGAGCUGACGUUUAACCCUUACUGGAAUCCGUACCGACAGGCAGCCACUCUUCGGAUGCACACCGUCGACAUUCCAGUGCGACGACGCCGGAAGCGAGGUCGCAAUAUGAAAGUGGCCUUUGGAAGUGGGUCCGCGCGUUUCAAAGAUCAGGAAUUUUUCCCCAUUGGGGCGCUCAAAUCCAUCCUCCUGCCGAAAGAGGGUGACGGUGUUAAUCGGCCGAUAGCGAAAACCGUCGCUGUAGGCACACCACCGAAGCUGCCAUCUAAAACUGCCGGAGUGGCAUCGUCAGUAGCGGGAGAAAAAACGGACCCGUUGGCAGAUUUCAACCGGACACGCACAAAGCUGUUCGUCAUUCCACGGCGAGAUCAAACGAGGCUUAUCUCGCAUGUGAAAACCCCACCAGAACGUGAAGAUGACACCAAGUUGAACGAAUCAUUUCAGUCCGUCACUAGCGGGCAGGACGUCCUGGAACCAGCUCCGUUCGAUGAUGGCAACAGCAGCCUCAUCGAAUCGGAAGUUUUAGUAACAAAGGCGCUGUCGGGUGAUUGAAGGUGUCGUUUCGGACUGGCUGACAAAUGCAAAUGCAAAAGCAUUUACCGUUUCGCGGAAUAAAUGGGGACUAAACGAAGUGAGCUUUCAGUUCAUAAUGACAAAAAAAAAGAUAGCGAAACACACGGGGAAACGAGUAUUCCGAAAUCGUCCGAACGUCGUACUGCAAAUGACAGCUUCUCUUUGUUUACUUUUUCUUUCGCGAAUAACCAGAUUGAUUUUAUAUUUUACACUCAAC